CCUCUCCCUUCUCACUCAUUCCCUCUCUUUUCUUUUCUUCCAAAAACCAAAAGAAAACAUCAAUAUCUCACAACACAAUUCCAUUGCAACAUAAAUUCGCAUCAAAAGCAACCAUUCAUUCACUCUCUAGUACCUCUCUAUCUCUCUCUCUAAUACAGAGAUAUACAGAGCAGACUUCUUUUUAGAUCCCAACCCAACCCAUCCCAAGACUUCAAAAACAAUGGCUUCUUCAGCAGCUGCUGCUACAACUUCUAGCACAUGGGUCAAUCCCAAACGAGCUCAUGCUCAUCAUCCCUCUUCAUUAAUGGAUUUGGGCUGCAGUUCCAAGUCCAUAAGCUUAAAGAGGCCCAGUAGAAGAGCCCAUCUCCAUUGCUCUCUGCAGACUCCUUCACUGCUCCGUUUCCCAAAGCAAUCCUCCUCCUCCACAACUCCCUCUCCCGCUAUUACUACUAGUACUACUACCCUCCCCAAGCCCAAACCCAAACCCAGAAACAAAGAAGAUUCAUCAUCGUCACUCCCCGCCAACUACAACACCAAUAAGGCUUCGCCUGCUCCUCCUCCUCCACAGUGGAAUCUGCUCCAACGUGCUGCUGCCAUGGCGUUGGAUGCCGUCGAGGCCGCCUUGAUAUCCAGCGAGCGCCAGCACCCACUCCCCAAGACAGCCGACCCAACCGUUCAAAUCGCCGGCAAUUUCGCACCAGUGCCCGAGCAACCUGUCUCCCAUUCCCUCUCCGUCUCUGGCCGUAUCCCCGAUUGCAUUCAAGGCGUCUACGUUCGUAACGGCGCCAAUCCCCUGUUCGAGCCCGUCGCCGGUCACCAUUUCUUCGAUGGUGACGGCAUGGUUCACGCUGUUAGCAUCCACGACGGCUCCGCUAGCUACGCUUGCCGCUUCACUGAGACGCAGCGUUUCGUUCAGGAACGAGCCCUUGGCCGCCCUGUCUUUCCGAAGGCCAUUGGUGAGCUUCACGGCCACUCUGGUAUUGCUCGGCUCCUUCUCUUCUAUGCCAGAGGACUUUUCGGGAUUGUCGAUCACACCCAGGGAACCGGAGUUGCCAACGCUGGCCUUGUUUAUUUUAACCGUCGUCUUCUUGCCAUGUCCGAGGACGAUCUCCCUUACCAAGUUCGUAUCACUCCCUCCGGUGACCUUGAGACAGUCGGCCGCUACGACUUCCAGGGUCAGCUCCGGUCCGCCAUGAUUGCUCACCCCAAGCUCGACCCAGUCUCGGGCAAGCUCUUUGCUCUCAGCUACGAUGUCGUUCAGAAGCCAUACCUUAAGUACUUCAGCUUCUCCCCAGAUGGCCAGAAGUCACCUGACGUCGAGAUUCCUGUUGCUGAGCCCACCAUGAUGCACGACUUCGCAAUCACCGACAGGUUUGUGGUGAUACCCGAUCAGCAGGUGGUGUUCAAGCUCCAGGAGAUGAUCCAAGGUGGCUCUCCGGUCGUCUACGACAAGAACAAGAUUUCCCGGUUCGGAAUCUUGGACAAGAACGCCGUCAACGCUUCGGGGAUCAGAUGGGUCGAAGCGCCCGAUUGCUUCUGCUUCCACCUCUGGAACGCUUGGGAGGAGCCCGAGACCGACGAGGUCGUUGUCAUCGGUUCCUGCAUGACCCCGCCGGACUCCAUAUUCAACGAAUGCGAAGAGGGUCUGAAGAGCGUUCUCUCAGAGAUUCGUCUCAAUCUAAGGACCGGUAAGUCCACCCGUCGAUCCAUCAUCUCCGACUCCCAACAAUUGAACUUGGAAGCCGGAAUGGUGAACCGGAACCGAUUGGGGAGGAAGACCCAGUUCACCUAUUUAGCAAUUGCCGAGCCAUGGCCGAGAGUUUCUGGCAUCGCCAAGGUAGACCUCACCACCGGAGAAGUGAACAAGUUCAUUUAUGGAGACCGAUGCUACGGUGGCGAGCCAUUCUUCCUGCCGAGGGACCCCAACAACUCGGAAAGAGAAGAUGAUGGCUACAUACUGGCUUUCAUGCACGACGAGAAGACAUCAAAAUCAGAGCUUCUGAUUGUAAACGCCAUUAAUUUACAGUUGGAAGCUUCAGUCAAGCUACCUUCUCGAGUUCCAUACGGUUUCCACGGCACGUUUAUAAAUUCCAAAGAUUUGGAGAAACAGGUCUAAAGCCUACAGAUUCUGGCACACCCUUAAUUCCGUCCUAGUACAGAGGAGACUUUACCUGAGGGAUACUUUUGGAUUACAUCCCCGGAGUCUUCUCCCAACACCUCCACUUAUCACGAAUCACAAAUCACAACCCCUUUCUGGGUUUUACCUCUACCUUCUUCAAAUUUCAUUUUUGCUUAGUUUUCUCUUUUCUUUUUCAGCAUGAGAGAGAAGUUUUGAUAGAAACCAGCUUGUAGCUUUUGGACUGUAGGUAGAGAUGGAGCUCAGCUGGUUUCUGUUUAUUCUUUUCUUCUUUCUUUCUUGCUUCCCCACUUUCUGUUCUCUUUGUGUACUUGAUUGAUGUCUAUGUGUUGUUCUUUGUGUAACAUAAAAACAGAGGAUGUCUUUCAUUAA